GCUCAUUCAUUAAAAUUAAGCUUGUCUAGGAUGACCAACAUAUACAUUUUAUGUAUCUCCUGUUUUCUUUCAACAUAUAUAAAAGAUAAUAUACAAACAAAAGAUUCUAUGUCACUAUGUUGGGAGCUCCAUUUUUACUUUCCUGUUCAAGCCCAUUAACAAUCUUAGAGAUUCCCAUUUUUCCACCGGAGUUGAUGUCCCAUUUGUCCAUGUCUCCUCCUGCGCAUACUGACAUGCAUCAGUCCCUAUCAUAGAAUUACCUCCAAGCAACUCCUAUCAAUUCGAAGGGUAAAGAACCUUAUCUCAGAAAAAACAAGGGUUAAACAUUUGGUUAGACAAAGAAGCUUAUCGACAUUGAGCAUGUAGACCAUAUUCAGCCGAGACACAAUCCCCAAGCUUUGAAUGACAUGCAAUGGCAGCCCUAAGUUGCUAUUUUCAAUUUACAAUUAAUAGGAGUUCUCAGAAAGUCAAAUCUAAGCCUUUUAUCUACUGCUCAACUCAGCCUGUUCAAAGCAAUAUCAAGGUUGUCGUAAAUGGAGCAGCAAAGGAAAUAGGAAGGGCUGCAGUUAUUGCAGUGAGUAAAGCUAGAGGAAUGGAAGUAGCAGGUGCAGUUGAUACCCAUUUUGUCGGAGAAGAUAUUGGAAAGCUCUGUGACAUGGAAGAGCCACUGGAAAUACCCAUAAUAAAUGACCUCACUAUGGUUUUAGGUUCCAUAUCUCAGUCAAAAGAAACAGGAGUAGUCAUUGAUUUCACUGAUCCUUCUACAGUCUAUGACAAUGUGAAACAGGCAACAGCAUUUGGCAUGAAAAGUAUCGUCUAUGUGCCUCGAAUUAAACUAGAUACAAUUGCCGCAUUAUCUGCAUUAUGUGACAAGGCCAGCAUGGGUUGCCUGGUUGCACCAACUCUAUCCAUAGGAUCUAUACUCCUCCAACAAGCAGCUAUCUCAGCUUCCUUCCACUACAACAAUGUAGAAAUCGUGGAAUCAAGGGCACAAGCAGCAGACCUUCCAUCAGCAGAUGCAUUCCAAAUUGCAAAGAACCUCUCCAACCUGGGCCAGAUCUACAACAGAGAAGACUCGUCAACAGAUGUUUUGGCUAGGGGCCAGGUUCUGGGAGAAGAUGGUGUUAGGGUGCAUAGCUUAGUCCUACCAGGGCUUCCCUCCAGCACAACAGUUUACUUCUCUGGCCCAGGAGAGGUUUACUCCAUCAAACAUGAUAUCACAGAUGUGCAGUGCCUCAUGCCUGGCCUAAUCUUGGCUAUUAGAAAGGUCAUCCGUCUUAAGAAUCUGGUGUAUGGCUUGGAAAAGUUUUUGUAAGAAGCCAAAUAUUCUUUUUGAAGAAAACACAUCAUUGUGCAGACAAAUAUUUGACAAAGGACGCUUCAGUGAUACAUUAGAUAGAAAAGAAGAUUUUUGUAACUUAUGCUUAAAGUCAAGCCCAUUGCUUUAGUUGUUCACCACAAAAAUGUAAUUCAACAUAUCUUUGGGAGAAGAAGUUCAAUUUGCAUAUAAACAAGGAUCCCUUUAAGAUGUCAUGAAAGUAGUUAAAUAAGAGCAGGGUUGUCUCUGGGAAGUCAUACCAAGAGGCAGAGCAGUUUAAAGCAUUUAAAAGCCCUAUUCUGCAA